GGGGUUUUAGCAACAGCCACCAUCACGACCACCGUCUUCAACACACACAAAAAUACACAGUAAAAAAUGGUUCGAUUAAAUGCCGAUUUGGUAUGGAAAAGCCCUCACUUCUUCAACGCUCUUCGCGAACGUGAAUUAGAUCUUCGAGGUAAUAAAAUUCCAGUGAUUGAGAAUAUAGGUGCUACUGAGGAUCAAUUUGAUACCAUUGAUUUGUCUGAUAAUGAGAUUGUGAAGCUCGAAAACUUUCCGAAUUUAAAUCGGCUUGGAACGUUGUUGCUGAAUAACAAUCGGAUUACUCGUAUUAACCCUAACAUUGGAGAGUUCUUGCCGAAACUGCACUCUUUGGUUCUUACUAACAAUCGGCUUGUUAAUUUGGUUGAGAUUGAUCCACUUGCAUCACUACCGAAGCUGCAGUACUUGAGCUUGUUGGACAAUAACAUUACAAAGAAACCCAACUAUCGAUUGUAUGUCAUUCACAAGUUGAAGGCUUUGCGUUUGCUUGAUUUUAAGAAAAUUAAACAAAAGGAGCGAGCUGAAGCAGCUAAGUUAUUUAAAUCAGAAGAGGCCGAAGAGGAAGCUAAAAAAGAAUCUGUCAAGACAUUUGUACCUGGUGAGGUUGUAAACGAGGAGCCUGAGGAAAAGGAGCCAUCUAAACCUGUGGGCCCUACACAGGAGCAAAUUACAGCCAUAAAGGCCGCCAUUGUCAAUGCCCAAACUUAUGAAGAGGUAGCAAGACUUGAAAAGGCUUUGAACUCAGGUUCAGUUCCAGAUGAUCUUAAUAUUGGGAAUGCCAAUGCAGAAACAAGGCAAAACGAUGGUCCCACAGACAUGGAGCAGGAAUGAGUGAUUGCUGAGAUCAAUGAGGUUGUAGGUGGUGCAAUAGUUAAAAGCUGGGAAACAGAUCCAUCUUGUUUUUUUGCCACAAUGGUUUCUCCUCUUCUAAAUUGUUCCAGAGUUGUUUGGUGAUAGAGUGAAGUGAAUGUUGUACAAUUAAUCUUGACUGGAAGAGGUCGAUUUUUCAUUUAUGAUAUAUUUUAUAUGCUUAGUUAAAACUAGUAAUCUAAUUUUAUAUUUGUAAGCCGGAAAUGUAGAAUUGUCCCGCAAAUGAAGUAUUUCAGGAUAAAAGGAGGAUUUUGCAUGCUGCA